AUGAAAGGGCUAGGAGCAUGCCUGCUCCAGCAAGGCAAACCAGUUGCAUUUGCAUCCAAAAGUCUUUCCACUGCACAGUCCAACUAUUCCAACAUAGAGAGGGAAACCUUAGCCCUAGUGUUUGGUAUCAACCGCUUCCAUACGUAUCUGUUCGGGAAGGAAUUCACCGUCGUAACAGAUCACAGACCAUUGGAGAUGAUAUGGAAGAAACCUCUUAGAAGUGCACCACCACGUCUACAGAGAUUGCUUAUCAAAGUCCAAGGAUACCGAUGUCAAGUCAAGUAUCGACCAGGAAAAGACAUGAUUCUUUCCGAUACCUUGAGCCGACUUUCUAAUCCCAAGGAAGCACGCGAUGUUCCGCUAGAUGUCAGAGUGGAAUCCAUCUGCUCUGAAGCCGAAGAUUCGCACCAGAUUGACUUGAUAUACUUCGGACAACACAAGAGAACAGAGCUUCAGAGAGAAACAGCUAAUGAUCCUGUUCUCAGAUCACUAUGGCAAAUAGUCAAUCAGGGAUGGUCUGAGACCAUCCAAGAAUUGCCGACAUCCCUUCGUCAAUUUUGGUCUUACAGAGAUGAAAUCGGAGUAUCACACGGAGUACUCUUCAAGGGAAGUCAAGUCAUCAUACCGAAGACACUAAGGAAUGACAUCCUUAGACAGCUUCACCUAGGACACAUGGGAAUCGAAAGCACAAGGCGACUUGCUCGUGAGACAGUGUUCUGGCCAAACAUCAACAAGGACAUUGAUCAGUUGAUAAAGCAGUGUGAACCAUGCCAGAAACACCAAGCAAGACAGCAGAAAGAGCCACUGCAUCCCCAUGAUGUACCACCAGCACCAUGGAUCAGACUGGGAACCGAUUUGUUCAUGCUCAAUAGACUAACAAGAGUAUCUACUCGUUACUGA